AUGGCCACCAGUCCUCUAAUGGCCCAAGAAAUCAUCCUCUGUUGUCUAUGUGAUGAGAGACCGGCCCUGUUGCACUGUCAUCCCUGCCAGACCAACUUAUGUCAAGAAUGCCUCGGAAAACAUUAUUUGCUGGACACUCCUCAUGACGUAAUUAAAUAUAAAAGCAGAAAGUUUCAACUUAAUUUUCCACAUUGCGAAAUUCACAAAACAGAAAAAUGCUGUGCCAGUUGCCAGGAUUGUGAAAUACCAGUUUGCAUGAAAUGUGUAACAGGGACUCACAAAGGCCACAUUCUUACUAAUCUUGCCGAAGAUCUUGCAAGCAAAAAACAGCAGAUAGAAGAACAUUCAGCUGUUCUUGAAAAUAUUAUGAGCCAGUUUGAUCAAGCUAACUUGGAUAUAGAAGCCAAGAUAACGUAUCUGAUUUCUAGAUGCGAUGAUCUACAAACAACCAUCACGGAACAGGGCGAAGAAUGCCAUCAAGUUAUUGAGGAUAUCGUGAAGAAAAAAAAGAAAGACGUUGACAAAAUGAGAAAAGGUGCGAUUCAAGAUUUAAGAAAAUUCCAGAAUGAAAACAAUAGAACAUUCUUGAACAUAAAAGAAAUAGCACAACAGAAUAAAGAUAUUCUUCAGUCAGUUAAUGUGAGGGAUAUUGGCCAAUAUCAAUUGAAAUCGUACGUGAAUAUGCCUUUGGAUUUUGAAUUACAUCAACCAAGUUUGGUUACUAAGGAGAUUGAUUCAAAUCUAAUUUGCACAUUCUUUGGGGAACUUACUAGUCCCAAAUUUUUAUCGAAACCAAGUAAAAGGAUAUACCCUGGUUUAACAGCUGGCAAAAAUCUUCUAGCUGAAACGAUUGAAAUUGGAAGUUUCUGUACCGAAAUCGACGAAAUUCAUCGUUUAGCUUGUCUUGAGACAGAGGAGGUUUGGAUUUCUCGAAAGAACGAUGGAAUAAUCGAACGAUUUAAUAUAGAUAGUUUCCGGCCGAAAGAGGCGGUUAUUUCCAAUUGUCGUAGUUGGAAAGGACAUCCAAGUGACAUAGCAGUAACACCGACAGGAGAACUACUCUAUACCGAUCGGAAGAAUCGUGACAUUUGUGUUGUCCAGAAUGGAAAAUCUAUCAAGUGGAUAAAAGUUCCGAAAAAUUGGGAACCUGCAGGAGUUUGCACCACAAAAUCAGGAAAUCUGCUCGUCAGUUUACUUGCAGUGAAUACUGAAGCAUAUAAAAUUGUUCGCUUUGAAGAAAAGGAGAUAGUUCAGGAAAUAGAAAAAGGCGCCUAUGGCAGUCCUUUAUUUAAAGGCGGUUCCUUGAUGCUUUUUGUUGCAGAAAAUAUCAAUGAGGAUGUGUGCGCUUCUAAUUGCAAUGACGAUUCCGUCACGGUGGUAAACAAGAAAGGAAGAUUCCGAUACCGUUAUAAAGGACAACACACGAUGAAGAAACAAUUUAAACCUUCUACUAUUGUUACAGACUCUGUGGGAAGCAUUCUGAUGGAAGAUUUCGGAAACGAAUGUAUCCACAUCAUUGAUCAGGACGGAAGAUUUCUCUGCCGUCUGGGUUUCUGUGGAAGACUUAGUAUAGACAAAGUAGGGCGGCUUUGGGUGGGAGAGUAUGGCAGUGGGGAAGUAAAGGUCAUCAAAUACAUAGAAUAA